AUGUCGUUUCAACCGGCCUUCAAUGCCCGUCUUAUAUCGGAAGUCAAAAAACAUCCCUGUCUCUAUAAUCAUUCUAAAAGAGGAAGUGGAGAUACUACAGAGCGUAUGAAGAUUUGGGACCAAAUUGCUAUUCAAGUCGAUCAGAACUGUACAGGAGAAUUCGCCAAGAAACGAUGGCUACAACUCAGGGAUCGUUACCGUAAAGAGCUGAAAGUUGCUAUCCGUCAAAACUUUUCUCAGCCGGUCAGGUGGUGCUACUUCUCCCAUCUGACCUGGCUGGAUCCGUAUCUCAAGGACAAUCUGGCUCUUGCCAAUGCAUGUGACACGUUGUCGGAAUGUCUCGAUUAUACUAAUAUGGAUCUUUCAUCUCUUGCCCAAAUAAAAACUGAAAUUGAUGAUGUAUUAGGGAUGGAAGACAAUGAGUCGAACUCUGUACUCUAUGAAUCGUCUCUUGAUAGAGUUCUGGCUGCUACUCACCGUCACGAAAGUAGAUCUCCGGCUUUAGAAAAUGAUGAAUCUGGUCCGCAAUCGGUUGGGACAUCUGGAGAUGAGGAUCGUGCGGAUGUUGCUACAACAACAACGGAAAGUGGUGGAACAACUGAAGAACGAGAUACUAGUACUGGAAGUAUACGCGACAAUGUUUCUGACCCCCUCCUGCAGAUUCUGCAAACUACACCAUCAGCAUCAGCCUGUUUUUCGAUCAAGGACCAGUUCUUAGCUCGCCAAGUUCAGCAGCAGCAGAUGGCCAAACAUAUUUAUCAGCAAUCAGCCAAAUCUGCUUUGGACUGGAUGAACGACGAGGAUAUGUUGUAUGCGAGAAUCAUUGGACUACGUCUCAAGAGGAUGGAUCCUAAACGCAGACGGAAGCUUCGUACUCAAAUACUUUCCUUGCUGGAAGACGAUGAGUUGUUCGAGGACGAUUCAGGUUCUCCUCCACCACCAGCUAAAUGCCCAAAGUUGGAAGACGAAGGGCUUAGUUCUGAAGAGAAACGAAUGAAUGUCUCGAACGACAACUCAGUUUCCUCCGGUUUAGUAUGA